CUUUCGUUAACUUUAGUCAACACUUCACUUGCUGCACCAUCCAUAUUGAAGCCUAAUGAAGAACUGGUCAAACCAAAAAAAUUCAACAAUCUCGUGAGCUGAUACGUGUACACAACUCUGUGACUCACGACAUAAACAUGAACCCUGAGACCUCUAGACUCCGAAAAACGAACUAUAAAAGAGAAAUGGCCUCACCGGCUCCAAAGUCUCCAGAGCAGUCUGAAAAAAGUAGAAAAUAUGAUAGACAACUAAGAUUAUGGGGUGAUCAUGGUCAAGCAGCACUAGAAGCGGCUCAUAUUUGUCUUAUAAAUGCUACUGGAUUAGGUACUGAGAUUCUGAAAUCUCUUGUUUUGCCAGGAAUAGGAGCUUUCACUAUUGUUGAUGGCAAAAAGAUAACUCAAGAAGACAUUGGCGCGAAUUUUUUUCUAGAUGCUGAAAGUGUUGGCAAAUCUAGAGCACAAGUAGCAACACAAAUGUUAUUGGAAUUAAAUCCGGAUGUAAGAGGAGAUUAUAUUGAUGAAGGACCUGAACAAAUUUUAUAUAAUAGUCCUGAGUUUUUUGAUAAUUUUUCUGUUGUUGUUGCUACUGCGCUUACUGAAAAACCUUUAAUUCUUUUAUCAAAAAAGUUAUGGGAAUUAAAUAUACCUCUAAUUGUUUGUCAGAGUAUUGGUUUUAUUGGAUAUAUGAGAGUUCAAGUACAAGAACAUAAUAUUAUAGAAACUCAUCCAGACUAUGAAAUGCCAGAUUUGAGAUUAGAUGCUCCAUUUCCUUCUCUCAAGGAUUAUUUAGAUUCAAUCAAUUUGGAUGAAUUAGAUCUAAAAGAUCAUUCUCACACACCCUAUGUUGUUAUUUUAUAUAAAUAUUUACAUCAAUGGCUAAAAGAAAAGGGUGAAAUGCCGAAAAAUUAUCAAGAAAAACGACAAUUCAGUGAAAUGAUAAGAUCAGGAAUUCGAAUAGAUGAAAAUGGUCAUCCAAUAGAAGAAGAAAAUUUCGAAGAAGCUAUAAGAGCUGUAAAUACUUCAAUUGGUGCUACUAUAGUACCCAACAAUGUGAUAGAAAUUCUAAAUGAUGAUCGGUGUAUAAAUUUAACAGCUAAGAGUAAUUCAUUUUGGAUAAUUGCUAGAGCAAUUCGUGACUUUAGGGAAAAUGAAGGAUUAGGAUUAUUACCAGUCAUGGGUUCACUUCCAGAUAUGACUGCUGAUAGUCAAAAAUAUAUCACACUUUCGCAAAUUUAUCACAAACAAGCAGUAACCGAUGUUGAAGCAGUUUGGCGUCAUACUCUUCGUUUAUUACGACAACUAGGACGUUCAUCAGAUUCCAUAUCAGAAAUAGAUGUAAAAUUAUUUUGUCGUUAUGCUUCAAGCAUUCACAUCCAACGAGGAACACCAAUUGUUGAUGAAUAUGACCCGAAAACUAUGAACACUAACAAUAUUAUUGAAAGUUUAGAAAAUCCAGAGAGUAUGAUGGUAUACUAUGUAGUUCUCAGAGGUAUCCAAAAGUUUCAAAGUGAAUACAACUCAUAUCCUGGUGAAUUUGAUGACCACGUAGAACCCGAUAUUGUUAAGCUCAAAGCGUGUAUUUCUAAAUUACUUGGUGAAUGGGGAUGUGGUCCGUUGGCUAAAGAUGAUUACAUACAUGAAUUUUGUAGAUUUGGUGGUGCUGAAUUGCAUUCAGUAUCAGCUUUUCUCGGUGGACUUGCAGCUCAGGAGACAAUUAAGUUUAUUACACGUCAAUAUAAACCAAUACACAAUACAUUCAUUUAUGAUGCAGUUUCAACUAAAUCAGCAACAUUUUUCUUUUAAAUCAUAUUUUAUGUUAUUCUUUAUACCAAUAGAAAACAUCAGUAUUUAUCUACUGAUUAAAAUGAAAGAAAUAAAAAAAUUCAAUCACUUGUAAAUUAUAAA